AUGACACGUUUCCAGAAGUGGGUGGAUGGGUUUGAGGGGUCUCCCCCUGCUGUGAUUGUCCCUUCUCAGAGGCACCUGCCUGGGGUAAAAUUUAAGGACGUGCUGAAAAGGUUCAGUGAUGACGCUUCGCGGCGGCGCUCGGAAGCCCGGAGGCUUCUGGGGCUGGUGCGUCCCGAGCGCGGAAGGCUGUCAGCUGCUGUUGGGUUUCUGGCUGUGUCCAGUGUGGUCACCAUGUCUGCCCCCUUCUUCCUUGGGAAGAUCAUCGAUGUCAUCUACACCGACCCCGCUGUGGACCACGGCCGCAGCCUGACCAGCCUCUGCCUGGGCCUUGCCGGCGUGUUUCUGUGUGGCGCUGCUGCCAAUGCCGUCCGUGUCUACCUCAUGCAGUCUUCAGGUCAGCGCAUCGUGAACAGGCUUCGCACGUCGCUCUUCUCCUCCAUUCUGAGGCAGGAGGUUGCUUUCUUUGACAAGACGCGCACAGGAGAACUGAUUAACCGCCUCUCCUCAGACACCGCGCUGCUGGGGCGCUCCGUGACAGAAAACCUCUCAGAUGGGCUCAGGGCUGGGGCCCAGGCCUCGGUUGGCAUUGGCAUGAUGUUUUUUGUCUCACCUAGUCUGGCCACCUUUGUUCUGAGUGUGGUGCCUCCGAUGUCCAUCCUGGCCGUGAUUUAUGGACGAUAUCUACGGAAGCUGUCCAAAGCCACACAGGACUCGCUGGCUCAAGCUACACAGCUAGCUGAGGAACGCAUUGGAAAUGUAAGAACUGUCCGGGCAUUUGGGAAGGAGACGACAGAAGUAGACAAGUAUGCUGGUGGAGUAGACCAUGUGCUACAGCUAGCAAGGAAGGAGGCCUUUGCUCGGGCUGGCUUCUUUGGAGCAGCCGGCCUCUCCGGGAACCUGAUUGUGCUGGCGGUCCUGUACAAGGGAGGUCUGCUGAUGGACACCGCCCACAUGACAGUGGGUGAACUCUCUUCCUUCCUAAUGUAUGCUUUCUGGGUUGGAUUAAGCAUUGGAGGUCUGAGCUCUUUUUACUCUGAGCUGAUGAAAGGUCUGGGCGCCGGCGGGAGGCUCUGGGAACUGCUAGAGAGACAGCCACAGCUCCCUUUCAAUGAGGGGACCACUCUAAGUGAGAAGAGCUUCCAGGGUGCAUUGGAGUUUAAGAACGUACACUUCGCCUAUCCGGCUCGCCCGGAGGUGCCUGUGUUUCAAGACUUCAGCCUCUCCAUCCCAGCAGGCUCUGUGACGGCACUGGUCGGCUCCAGCGGUUCCGGCAAAUCCACAGUCGUCUCACUUUUGCUGCGGCUGUAUGACCCUGUUUCUGGGUCAGUCAGUCUCGAUGGCUAUGACAUCCGCCAACUAAACCCAGUCUGGCUGAGAUCCAAGAUUGGGACAGUAAGCCAGGAACCGGUAUUGUUUUCCUGCUCCAUUGCUGAGAACAUCGCCUAUGGUGCGGCUAGCCCUUCCUCUGUCACAGCCCAGCAGGUGGAGAGGGUGGCGGAAGUGGCCAACGCCGCCUCCUUCAUCCGGAGCUUCCCCCAGGGCUUCCACACUGUGGUCGGGGAGAAGGGCAUCCUCCUCUCGGGGGGACAGAAACAGAGGAUUGCGAUUGCCCGUGCUCUGCUUAAGAACCCAAAAAUUCUACUUCUGGAUGAAGCAACCAGUGCACUAGAUGCUGAGAAUGAGCACCUGGUCCAGGAGGCUCUGGAUCGACUGAUGGAGGGAAGAACCGUGCUAAUCAUCGCCCACCGUCUGUCCACCAUUAAGAAUGCUAACCUCAUUGCUGUUCUCAACCAAGGAAAAAUCAUUGAACAUGGGAAGCAUGAAGAACUGCUUUCAAAACCAGAUGGCAUAUACAGAAAACUAAUGAACAAGCAGAAUUCUAUAUCAGCAUAAAGAAGCAGCUGCUACAGAGGCCUGGGGUGUAUGGCCUGUCAUCCCAGGGGGGCUUGCCAGUUUGAGGCCAGCCUAGGCUACAGAGAAAGAUUCCAACUUAAAAAAAAAAUCUUAGAGAUUGUAUGCAAUCUGUGAAUUAUUCACAGAUUAUUGAAACAUGCCUAUUUUCCCAAAGAACGUAAACUAUUGUUUCAAAAUAUACUGUCUUUAAGACAUCUUUAUUCAUAGUCUUAAUAAUUGUAACUUUGUAAACAUCUAUAGCACUGAAGGUAUUUUUAGGUCUUAUAGUUUUUAUCUUGGAACAUUUUACUACAUCAUGACACCUCAUUUUCCUAUGCCUGCUGUAAGAGAUUGAAGCUGGCAACUUUUAAAAGGGCAUUAUAAAUAAAGCCUCAUUAUUGUAGGUUGGUUUACCAUUCACUGGGGCUCACCUACCUAGGGCCUACUUUUUCUGGCAGAGUAAUGAGAAGUAAAGAUGUAAGCCCGGAUUGUGUCCCGAGCAGCUCACAACAGGAACCUACCUAGCAUACCAGCAGCAACAGUGAAUUGGUUAGAUGGAGAAGGGGCUGUCGGUCCCUUUGCCUCAGUGUCUUCAGAGAUACAGGUUCCUGUGGGCAAUGGACAAGUUUAAGUAUGUGCAGUUCCCAACGUUUUGGCAGGUGAAAGUCUGCAUUUACAAAGGGAAGAAUUUCCACCCUUUGAAUGGGAAAGCUUUUUUUCCUUUAUUCACAUAUUUGUUUCUAUGACUACUUUGGGGAACCAAGGCAUAAAUAAACCAGUAUUAUUAAGAAAGAUGGAUAAAAAUGAAUUUUUCAAAGUUGCCGGAGGCAUGUAUUCUCAAAAUUUCUGCUUAAAAACCCAGUUUUUACAAUUUUUUUGAAAUUUCAUUGUAUCUGGAUACAAGCGCCAAUUUUUAGCCUUAAGACAUGUGAGGAUAGCUGCUACGUCCUUACUACUGUGGCCCUGACAUUUAGGACAUUAAUGUCCUAAAAGGACAUUAGAAACUUAUCAUUAUCUUCUGCUUCACACUUCGUAAAGGUCUGAGUGCUGCAGACUUGCUUUUGCCUCCAGAACAGCACUUUCCUGUACUAACGAUGCCGGAGCCUUAGGGAGACUUAGGUUGGUGCCUAUGCCGUUCCCUUAAUGCCCGCUGUCCCUGACUACACUGGAAGAAACUACGAUUUCAUCGGACUAAUGGAGUUUUACAUUUUAUUCUACAGGAGGGAGUGUAUUAAUGAGUUAAAAGGAUUCAAUGGGUGAGUGAGCAUAGUGAUUUUUUUUUCCUCUUUGUGCCCGUACCAAGGAUUGAAGUCUCAGCUUCAUCAGUCAUGACUGGCAUAUACAACUUGAGCCAUAUCUCCAGUCUGGCAUUUUACUAAUUGGAGGUGUAAUCUUAAGGACUUUUCUGCCUGGGCUGGUUCUGACCUUUAAUCCUUCAACUCUUAGCCUCCUGGGUAAUCAGUUACAGGUGUGACCCACUGAUGCCUAGUGUGUAAUGUUUAGUAAAUACCACAUCUGUGACAAGCAUUUUAAGAAGCUGUGUUGUGUGUGUGUGUGUAUGUGUUGGGCUUGAACUCAGGUCCUGAGAACUUGAAGUUUGUGCUCUAUCA